AUGCUCACGGAUUACCUAACUGAAUGGUAUUUGACCACUGAAAUAUACUUCCUUAUCCUCUCAGUGAACUACAUGCUGAUAGAUGUUAUUCAAUCGACGAUUCUAACUUUUCAGGUGCAUCAUGGAAUGGUAUUGCUCAGCGAUGGCAAAGGACGUGGACGUCCAGCCAGGCUCGAGCUCACAAAAGAUUUACUCACAAUACAAAUAACAGCCGGGGGAUCUGAUGGUGAAGAUGUGAAACUAUCAAGCGUGGAGCCGCCAGAUGGUGGAAUGAGAAUUGUCCGACUUCGAAAACGUAAAGAAGGUGGUCUGGGACUGUCAAUUAAGGGUGGCAACGAUGGCAAUCAGCAAUUACCAGUCCUCAUUUCGAAAAUAUUUCCGAACAUGCCAGCUGAGCAAAGUGGUUUACUGUAUGUUGGUGAUGCGAUAGUUGAGGUGAACGGUCAAUUGGUGGAUGGCAAAACGCAUGAUGAAGUUGUACAGUUACUGCGAGAUGCUGGAGAUGAUGUCUCGUUGAGUGUCAGACAUUACACUCAGAUUGCUCCGUAUCUCAAUCCAGCCGUUUCACUUCGACCAGGCAAGAGUGGUAGUGCAUUGGAUCGACUUUAUGAACCGAAUACGUGGAAGAGUGCGCUGAAAACACAUUCGGAAAAUAUGCCUGGUGAACGCAGCGACCGAAAACAAUCAGAGGGUGUUGAGAGCAGAUUCGAAGACGACGCUCCGGACGGAUGGAAAACUCUGGCAAAAAUACCUCUUCCGAUGGCUUUCAUUACAAGAUACCUGUGGGGAACUGAUAAAAUCAGGAAUAACGCGUUCGAAGUUCGAGCCGUAGACGGCACAUCAACCGGAAUCAUUCAUUGCGAGGACAAGAAGGCUUUGGAUCAGUGGAUUAAGCACAUUCAAAACCAUAUCACCUCACUCAACUAUAAAUCCAUCAAGAUGUCCAAUAAAUACUUGCAUAAAAGUGAACAGAUAACCUAUAUUGGUUGGGUGAGUGAACGCUUGCCGGAGGAACAUUUUGAGGAUCCGAAACAGCGAUGGGAACCUCGAUUCAUCAUUUUAAAAGGAGGCGAACUGUGUAUCUUCGAGUCACCACCACUAAACUCAGAGGACUUGAACAAGUGUGUUUCGCUCUAUAAAGUCUACGAUACCGCAUUUAAAGUGGUCGAAAAGGGUAAGCCGGCACUGGACAAGAGGGAUCAUGCGUUUUGGUUGGAAACCUCAGUGAAUAAUGUCAAGCAUUAUAUGUCGACUGAAACCACGCAACAGUUCAGCCAGUUCGAGAGCGCCUAUCACCGUUGCUUACACGCUACUGUUUAUAAUCUUCAAACCAGAACUUUUGCAUGCAGCCACGAGGGUCGUCCAUGUGGCCUCGUACUCGACAUCAAACAAGGCAUUAGUCUCUACGAUAUUCCAACAAAGCGUUACACUUGGCAGUAUCGAUUCAGUGAUCUAGAUUCAUCCACAGAUGAUGGCAAAAUUCUGCUGCGACUCGUUUUUCGUGACGACAAAAACCAACCAAACAGUGGAGUCAUAACGAAGGAUAUCGAGAGCGAUGAGGUGCUGGCAAUUGUCUAUACGAUGCAUGCAUUUUUCAUCGCGAAAAUUAUCGCUACUGAUCCAGAUUACCUGAAGACUAUCCCGUUGACAUAA